GGCUCAGCGGCCCCAUCCGGGGACUGGGCGCAGCGCUGCUCGUUCGCCCUAAAGGUACCAAUAUGGCGGAGGCUUCCUUUGGAAGUUCGAGCCCAGGUUUGUCCCGUUUCCUUCCCCCUUCCGUGGUCCCAGCGGGCGGCGAGUGGUAACGGGGCCCGGAACAGCUCUGGCCCGAGGCAGUCCCCCCAACUGCAAACUCUCUAGAUGCUCUCGUCGCUCCCUCCGUUUCAUUUUGUAUCCUAUGAGUUAAUUGUUCGAGGAACAAAACAGUCGUAGUCUUUUUUAUAUGACUUUUUUUUUAAACGGGACCAGUUGGGAAAAUUCACCUUUAGUUCCACUGAAGUUAAGCGUAUAGUUGGGUCUUUGUCUUCUGAGGAUCAUGAUUUUGACCCCACUGCUGAAAUGUUGGUACAUGACUAUGAUGACGAAAGAACUCUUGAAGAAGAAGAAAUGAUGGAUGAGGGCAAAAACUUCAGUUCUGAAAUAGAAGAUUUAGAAAAGGAAGGAAAUAUGCCUUUAGAAGAUUUGCUGGCAUUCUAUGGCUAUGAAUCAACAAUUCCAGGAAUAGCAGGUUCCAGUGCGAAUAGCUCCCCAAGUGAACUUGCAGAUGAAUUACCAGAUAUGACACUGGACAAGGAGGAAAUUGCAAAAGACCUCUUGUCAGGUGAUGAUGAAGAAACACAGUCUUCUGCUGAUGACCUCACACCAUCAGUGACUUCACAUGAAGCUACAGAUUUCUUCCCUCGACCCUUAAGAUCUAAUACUACUUACGAUGGAGAUAAGGAAUCAGAGGGUGAAGAUGUUGAAGCAGAUCCUGGUAAUUCAUCUGAAGAUUUAAGAAAGGAAAUAAUGGUGGGUUUACAAUAUCAAGCUGAAAUUCCACCCUAUCUUGGAAAGUACAGUGGUAAUGAGAAGGCAUAUGAAAAUGAAGACCAGUUACUGUGGAGUCCUGAUGUGGUUCUGGAGAGCAAAGUUAAAGAGUACCUUGUGGAGACCUCUUUAAGAACUGGAAGUGAAAAAACGAUGGCUAGGACUUGUGAGGAAACACACACAAGGGAUAAUGAGCAGGCACUAUAUGAACUUCUCAAAUGUAAUCACAAUGUAAAGGAAGCAAUUGAAAGAUACUGCAGCAAUGGAAAAGCAUCUCAAGAAGAGAUGACAGCAUGGACAGAAGAAGAAUGCAGAAAUUUCGAGCAUGCCCUUCUGAUUUAUGGGAAAGAUUUUCAUCUUAUACAGAAGAAUAAGGUGAGAACUAGAACCGUUGCUGAAUGUGUAGCAUUCUACUAUAUGUGGAAGAAAUCAGAACGUUACGAUUAUUUUGCUCAACAAACAAGAUUUGGGAAAAAACGAUAUAACCAUCAUCCUGGAGUCACGGACUAUAUGGAUCGUUUGGUAGAUGAAACAGAAGCUCUUGGAGGAGCAGUAAAUUCUUCAGCCUUAACGUCUAACCGGACCGAGCCUCUUCCUGACCAGCAGCUAAGCAUUCUGAACUCCUUCACUGCCAGCGACUUGACAGCAUUGACCAAUAGUGUCGCUACCGUCUGCAACUCUACAGACGUGAAUUGCCUCGAUGACAGCUUUCCUCCACUGGGCAAUUUGCCCCGGGGACAAGUAAAUCAUGUGCCUGUUGUAACAGAAGAGUUACUUAACCUGCCUAGCAAUGGUGAAAGUGAUUGUUUUAAUUUAUUCGAGACUGGAUUUUAUCACUCAGAGCUAAACCCUAUGAACAUCUGCGGUGAAGAGUCAGAAAGACCAGCAAAGAGAUUAAAAAUGGGCAUUUCUGUCCCUGAAUCUUUUAUAAAUGAUGUUUCUGUAAAUAAUCUGGGUGUGGACUUUGAAAAUCACACGCAUCAUAUCACCAGUGCCAAAAUGGCUGUCUCAGUGGCUGACUUCAGCAGUCUAUCUGCAAAUGAGACAAAUGGUUUCAUCAGCUCCCACACUCUCCAUCAACACACUGCCCUUCACUCAGAGUGAUUCCGAUGGCAAACUCCAAAAACAGUGGGUCUGCAGUACCAGUAAACUUGAUGGGAGCUAUCAGGUUUGCUUAGUCUUUCACUGGAAGUUUGAACCUUUUUCACUAUGACAUCAGUGAUGUCUUUGUAUGUAUAGAACUAUAUCUUGAUUUAUCAAGAGUAAUUUCAUUUUUCAAUCCAUAAAUGUGGAAAUGAACUAUGAUGUUCAGCAGAGUUUGGGACUAAGAAUGAACUCUGUGGCGCAGCUUUAAGCUCUGCUUUUCUCUCUCUCUUUUUUUUCUUUUCGUGUUUUGUUUUGUUUUGUGUUUUCUUUUAAAGCCUGUAGACAGGGGCCACCAUCUCAAAACCAGCACCGAAGGUCUGAGCUGAAUGGGGUGGCUUCUUUUAGAGUCAGUUCCUUUUGCCGUAAUGGAUGCAGUGGAAUAACAAUGUUUACAGGUACCAAUCCUGAUCCCUGUGCGAUGUAGCAUUUUUUUUUGUUUCAUUUUGUUUUGUUGUUUUAUUUUUUAGUUAAAUAAAAGCAGGGGCAGGUUUCUUUAAUUUAAACUGCACAAACAUGCAAGGAUGUUUUUUAAAUGGAAACUUCUCUCAUGUGAUACUAAACUAGAGCACUUCGGUUUACAAAACAGCAAGUCCAUCUUUAUGGAAGCCAGCACAAGGGGCUGUGUGUGAGACGUAAGAAGACCCCUGCUCGGAUGAGACUGUGAAGUUCUAGGCCCUGGCUACCUUACACAUGAGUCAUGCCAGGAGGUUUUGUGUACUUAACUUACAGGCUAAAAUUUGAAGCUUCAUGAUAAUUGUGUUUGAUGGUGUUUUGUCCAAAAUUUCCAAAAUUGUAAUAUAACAGAUUACACAGGUUAUUGUGUUACUUAAACUAUCCUAAGGCAGUUGACAUACAAAGGCACAGCGUGCAGAGCCUAGGAUAUUACUCGGACAUGGGUUACAUUUGAGGACACCUCAUAGGUUGUUUGGAGUACUGCAGUUCAAACUUUACGUUUAGGAGGCACCGUCUAGAUUUUACACAUAAUGCAGUAGAACCUUGAAGUAUAUUUAAGCUUUUCAGGGGCUUAAAUUACAUCUGGAAAAUGAAAUAAGAGUUACUAUCUCAAAUCUGGUACUUUGCCACUUUAAUUAUUGGAAAAUUUAGAUGUCCAAAUGCAUCUUAGAGUCAAUUUUACCUUUACUUUAUUCCAAAUGCAUUGUAAGUGAAAGUCAUCUUCAGAAACUUUGUGUUUGGUGAUUUUGUUUUUUAUUACAUGCAUACCCAUCAACUUACAGGGCAGAUUAAAACAAUGUGUAGUACAAUAUUAGUACAUGAUAAACAUCACGACUUUCACACAUUAGACAAAAAUGUCUUUAGUUGAAAUGCAGUAGAAUUCCUUCACUUUUUUUCUUUGCACUGUCUUAGUAACACCAUUUUUUAUUGCCACUAGUUGCGUUGAGUAUAAAACCUUAAAAGUUUGGCUGCAUUAGUGAUAUUUGUAAGUAUAGGGCGCUUCAAGGUUGUGCUGAAUUAGUAGGAUUUAGUGAACUUAUACCAUAGUGUUGCAAAGGGAGGGUAUUUAUUAUACAAACUGUAAACUGCAUUGACAUCCUUAAUUUUGGAUGAAGCACAGUCCUGUUUUUCUUUACAGCAUUUGAAAUGAAGAUUGCUUUUUGAAGUGCUUAUGCCGGAGUAGCACAUCUACCAUAAGCAGCAUUAGUUUAGCACAGUGGACAAAAGUAGUUAAAAUGGUAACUUCUUUAAAAUCAGUUCACUAACCUACAUCUGAAAUAUAUAAUAAUUCUUGUAAGUACACAGUAAUAACGGGUAGCCUGGGCCCUGUGUUGUACUCUGUGACAUUUUUAGCCAAGUUGUCAGCUUCUUGUUGCUGUGUUUUUGUGCUAAACUUUGUACCUUGUUUCUUUUGUUAAAAAUCAAAACAUUUUAUGUGAUUUAGUAAAAUACUGGCCAUAAUCUUCCAUUGUUAUGCAUUUGAGUUUAACUCUGGGUUUACAGUGGCUGGUCUGUAUAAAAUCAUUUACACAAAGAUGACUGAAUGCUAAUACCAGUUGCACUUAAAUGAACAUGCCCAUUCUCAGUAGCUGAUGCAGUAAAUAUAUUCAGUUUAUCUAUGCAUUGCUGGGAUCUUGAUGUAGAUGGAGACAGUCUAGUUUCUUAUCUAAAGUUUGGAUUGUCAGCAAGUUGAAUGGACACUUUAGUUAUUUAAUAAAGAUUUUUGACCAAAAUCCAGAAAAUGGUAUAUGAGAGAAAAAUGAAUUCCAGCUAGUAUAAUAGAUUUUUAAAUGCCAAUCUGAUUUUAGCCUCUCGGGGAGUGCUAGCUAGCUGGUAACGUUUACUUUUAAUUCCUUGUUAAAAUGAGGCAAUAAUUUGCAAGAUUUUGUAUAUACAUGUAAAUUCUGCAUAUCUUUUUAGAUAUCUAAUUCAAUAUUUUCUGACUACUUCUGCCAUGUAUAGUACCAUUUUUGUGCAUGCUUGAUGUGACAUUCAUAAAUUGUACCACUAUGACUUUAUCCAUGUAAAAUAGCUAUUUAUUGAAUUUUCCUUUUAAAGCUGGACUUAUCUAUUUUUCUCUCAGUUUUUAAGCAUCUUAAUGGAGAAUUUGUUACUGUUUAUUAAAAGAAUUGCGUUUAAGAGUUAGCAUGAAGAAAGCUGAGCUGCAAUUAUAUGAAGAAACUCUAUUGCCUUUAUUCUUACUUGUUGAAGCACAAUUCUUAUAACAAACUGUGAUGAAUUCUUUUUUUCUUUGCCGCAUUUUUUUUUCAUAUGAACAAACCAAAAAUCCAUGAUGAGCAAUUGCAGUGUUGGUGGAUAUCUUGGUGUACAGGGAAUCCGACGAGGACAGCUGAUUCAUUUAGAAGUGUGACUGGUGCUGUGAUGAUAGCAAUACUUUUCUUUUGUUAGUCAUAUUUCAUCUUUCCAUGCUAGCUUUUAAAAUGUUUAGUUUUCCUCUUGUCAUGGUCAACUGCUGAAUUUACUUGAAGGAUGUACAAUACUGUUUGCUGAAGAAUACAGAAGUGUGUACAAUUAGGUCAAAGAAUUGUGCAAUUGUUUCCUUUUUUUAAAAAAUUUUUAAAUUGAGGGUCAUAAAUGUGUGAGAACUUCAGAUCUAGUAGAGCAUAGUGAUACUAUUUAAUUUAACCAAAGUCUCUAGUAAAUAUCUCAACUUUGAAUGUAAACUAAUGAAUAAGUCUGACCAACCAGGAGAUUGUUUGCCCAGAGUUACAAGCACAUUGUCUACAAAUGGGAAUUGAAAAUAAUUUAUAAAAAUAUUGACAUGGUUACUAUGUUUUUUAAAAAGUUCCUAAUUUUUCACUAAAAGGAAACUCUUAGCAGUUAUAUUGUUAAAAUAUGGUAGGUAUUAAUAUUCCUUUUAGACAACCAGUGAUUCCAAUUGUCCCAGUUUGAAAUAAGUACCCUAUGAGUAUGAGAUAAAUUAGUGACAAUCAGAACAAGUUUUAGUAUCAGAUGUUCAAGAGGAAGUCGCUAUUGUUGCAUUGACUUUAAUAUUUGUACAUAAACACUGAUUUUUUUGAGCAUUAUUUUGUAUUUGUUGUACUUUAAUACCUGGUGUACAGUUCCAGAAAUAAAUGUCUGGAAAUCUUUU